GCUGCAGUGGGCACCAUGACCGUGGACGUGGCUGAAUACCACCUGAGCGUCAUCAGGAGCCCCCCGGGCUGGGAGGUGGGUGUCUACGCCGCAGGGGCCCUGGCGCUGCUGGGCAUCACUGCUGUGAGCCUGUGGAAACUCUGGAGCUCGGGAAGCUUCCCCAGCCCCUCCCCGUUCCCAAACUAUGACUACCGGUACCUUCAGCAGAAGUACGGGGAGACCUACGCGGAGGCCAGGCAGAAGAGAGUGCCCGGCUGGACCUCGCGGGCGCCCAGCCGCAAGGGCAGCCUGAGCGUGGAGGACACGUUUGAGAGCAUGGGCGAGCUGGGGCCGCUGGAGCUGAUGGGCCGCGGGCUGGACCUGGUGCCCGAAGGCGCGCUGCGCAAGUCGCAGUCGGCCGACUCCCUCAACUCCGUGUCGUCCGUGAGCAACACGUUCGGGCAGGACUUCACGCUGGGCCAGGUGGAGGUGAGCCUGGACUACGCGGCCGCCUCGCACACGCUGCGCGUGGCCGUGCUGCAGGGCAAGGACCUGCUGGAGCGCGAGGACGCCGCCUUCCAGUCCUGCUUCGUGCGCGUCAGCCUGCUGCCCGACGAGCAGAUCGUCGGCAUCUCCCGGAUCCAGCGGAGCGCCUACUCCAUCUUCUUCGAUGAGAAGUUCUCCAUCCCGCUGGACCCCGGCGCCCUGGAGGAGAAGAGCCUGCGCUUCUCCGUGUUCGGCAUCGACGAGGAUGAGCGGAAUGUCAGCACGGGGGUGGUGGAGCUCAAGCUCUCCGUCCUCGACCUCCCGCUGCAGCCCUUCAGCGGCUGGCUCUACCUGCAGGACCAGAACAAGGCACCUGACGCGGUGGGUGAGAUCCUGCUUUCUCUCAGCUACCUGCCCACCGCCGAGCGCCUCACCGUGGUGGUGGUGAAGGCCAAGAACCUGGUCUGGACCAACGACAAGCCCACAGCGGACCCCUUCGUCAAGGUGUACCUGCUGCAGGAUGGGAGAAAGAUGAGCAAGAAGAAGACGGCUGUGAAGAGGGACGACCCCAACCCCGUGUUCAACGAAGCCAUGAUCUUUUCAGUCCCGGCGAUCGUGCUCCAGGAUCUGUCUCUCCGUGUGACGGUGGCUGAAAACAGCAGCGACGGCCGCGGGGAAAACGUGGGUCACGUCAUCAUCGGGCCAUCUGCUAGCGGCAUGGGCACCACGCACUGGAACCAGAUGCUGGCCACGCUGCGCCGGCCCGUGUCCAUGUGGCACUCUGUCCGGCGAAACUAGCCGCAGGACGAGCAGGGGGCACUGGAGCUGCCUGGAGCCGGUGCCCGACCAGCUGACACAGUGAAUGCUGAAGUCCCCUGGGAGUUCCCUGUCAUCUGGGUCCCUCUUUCAGAGGUACGAGGAGCAGGCAUGGCCAGAUGUUGGGGGCCUGGGGCCCCUGGCCCAAAGGACCAGCACAGUGGGGCCAGAACCCCAGGGGCCACCGACUCUGGAUUCCUG